GCGGCGACAAACACGUAGAGGCUCUGCUUCUGUCCCGUUGGAAAGAAACUGAUCGGAAGAUAUGGCGACUUCACCGGCAGAAUCUCGCAGCAGUAGAGCGGCUGUGCAGGCUACAAACGACGAUGCAUCGGCCAGUAAAUUAGCAUAGAUAAGAUAAGGUGUGUGGUUAUGCUGAUUUGCUCUGAAUGUUGAAGGUCUUGUGUCAAAAAGGGAUAUAUGAAAGACGAUUAUGUUCAUCUCUUUGUGAAAAGACCUGUUCGAAGAUCUCCGAUAAUUAAUAGAGGUUACUUUUCCCGCUGGGCUGCCUUCCGAAAGCUUAUGUCUCAGUUUCUGGAUUGUGGGACAAGUUCUAAUGAAACAGCUCAAGCGAAGAAACAGAUAUUGUCACUCGGAGCUGGCUUUGAUACUACGUAUUUUCAGUUGCUGGAUGAGGGCACCGGGCCCAAUUUGUAUGUGGAACUGGACUUUAAGGAGGUGACAAGUAAAAAGGCUGCUGUUAUAGAAAGCUCCAGCCAGCUAAGGGACAAGCUAGGAGCAAAUGCAUCUAUUUUAGUUGAGGAAGGGCAAGUGCUCAGUGAUCAUUACAAGUUACUUCCAGUUGACCUGCGUGAUAUACCGAAAUUGAGAGAUGUCAUAUCAUUUGCAGAUAUGGAUCCAAGUCUGCCGACAUUUAUUAUUGCAGAAUGUGUUUUGAUAUAUCUGGACCCAGAUUCAAGCCGUGCCAUCGUCAAGUGGGCGUCAGAAACGUUUUCAACUGCAAUAUUUUUCUUAUAUGAGCAGAUCCAUCCAGAUGAUGCAUUUGGACAUCAAAUGAUUAGAAAUUUAGAGAGUCGGGGUUGUGCACUCUUAAGCAUUGAUGCGUCGCCGACUCUACUUGCGAAGGAGAGAUUGUUUCUUGACAAUGGGUGGCAGAGAGCUGUUGCUUGGGACAUGCUAAAAGUGUAUGGUAGUUUUGUUGAUACUCAAGAAAAACGCAGGAUCGAGCGAUUGGAGUUGUUUGACGAAUUUGAAGAGUGGCACAUGAUGCAGGAACAUUACUGUGUCACAUAUGCUGUCAAUGACGCAAUGGGGAUAUAUGGGGAUUUCGGUUUCACUAGAGGAGGAGGCGGUGAAAGCAUCAGCAUUUCAUCACCUUAAGAAAGGAGAAGGGGUUUCUGGUUUGCCUUGGAUCAUCCCUGGCAAUCGCAAAUGACGACUGGAAGAUGAUUGCACAAACAAAUUAGGGUUCUUGAUUGGUCACCCGUGUUUUUCUUUGUCUUUGCUAAGCUGUUGAGCAGAAAAUAAAGCCCUUUGAAAUAAGAAAAUUGCUACUGUGAUUUUUCAUUUGCGUCCCUCGCUUCGAGAUAUGUAGGCCCCUCGUCGUGUCCUCCAGGCCCAAUUUCUUCUUCUUUUUUUUUUUUUUUUUGGUUGUAUUUCUCUAUACCAAGAACGACAAUGCAAAAA